AUGGUACUAGUCAUUUGUUUGGUUGUGGUCCUUGCAUGUACUCCUUCGAGCGCGGCUUUCGAAUGGAACGACUUUACCAACAACCUUGCGACCGACCUUGCUCCCCUUAUCACGUUGUUUGGUGAGCAGGUGACGAAGCAGUUCUUAAGCGAAUCUUUAAGCACAUGGGACAGCAUCAUCUUUGCUAUGGCUCCACUUGGAAUUCUCACAGCUAUCGUUUCUGUUAUCCGAAUUUGCGGAAAUGCCUCUUUAAGGGCAUUUAUUGGGCGAGCACAGGAAAGUCCUGGGACUGCAGAAGUUGAAUUGCUAUCCUGUACUUCGGAAACAACUUCUGAGUUAUGGCACGAAAAUGGAAUUGCUCGUGUGUUUGGAGCACCUCAGAUCCUUCAGGUAGUGAAAGUCAAGAGCGAUGAUAGUUUUUACGAAGACUCAGACAAAACGGCUGGGAUAUUUCUCUUCGAUGAUGCAUGCUACAACUGGGCAUAUAAGCACAAAACGUUACCUGCCGACCGUACCGCAGAAAUAGACCCUGCAUGCGCAAUUGGCCAUAGUGUAACUUCAAAUGAACCAUGUCCUAGACCCCAUCGCCCUUGGAGAAUCACAAGAGGCAUGCCUGGUCUUCAGGAUUUAAACCAACGCCCCAAUCUUUCUCUUAACAUUGGGAUGAAAAGACAACCUAAGAAAUUUACGUAUGCGGCCGCUGCUUUCGGCGUCAUCCUACAGGGUGGAGUCUUGGUGUUUGCAGGUGUUAUAACUUAUCAAUUUCCCGACCAGUUCCUCAACGAUGGAAAACCGGUGGAACAAUAUGCUUUCCCGUUGACUCUCUUUGGUACUAUAUUGACAUGUUUCGGCAUGUUUCUUUGUGGCUACAUUAUCGAAAGGGCCACAAACGAGACCUACUACGAACAACGAGGUAAUGAGACAGAGAGAGCACAGAUGUACUGGGUCCAACCUGGCGGUCAAAAAAUUGGUGAUCAAGUCUUCGGGUCUUUUAUCGGCCAUAGCAAUGACCACACAUAUAUCAGGUCAUCGAGAUCGAAAGCCGCAUUCCACAGCAGGUUCGACGGGGCUUUAUGGAUCGCGGUUAUCACCACAAUCUUUGGCUUCGUUACACAGUUUGUUGGACUGAGGGGAAUUCAUUCAUCUGUCAUCAUGGCUCAAUUAGCCGCCACUCUUAUCAUGGCGAUUAUACGGGCGGGCCUUAGAUCUCAGCGCAUGACGAAAGAAACCGACCUUGUCAAGAAAUAUAACCAGGAGAGAUACCGACAUAUUUUACCUGGUCAUGAGCUAGAUUUUCUUGCCACGAAGCUUGAAGAUAUUGGGACGUUAUUCGUCAGUCCAAUGCAAGAUCUGCAAGAAGGGGUGCCACCAGCACUAGGAACAUCUCCAUCUCAAACAUCUAGCGUCACGUCUUCUCAAACUCUUGGAAAUGGCGUAAGAGCACUAAAAGCAAGGGCGCGGCUCGCUCGGUUGACCAGCGACGAAGAGUAUGGGGUUUCUUGGAAAGAUCUCCGAGUUCGAGAAGUAGCAAUACAGUUACAGUCGGCCAUCGAAGGCGUUAUGGAGACCCUGUCUGUAAAAUUAAGGGACCCGAACGUGCGGAAUCAUCAGUGGCGAUUAGAAAUUCUGUCUACGCCAGAAGCCUCAAUAGAAACGAUUCCUGAAACGUUCUCCCUCCAACUCCGCAAAGAAGGUGUAGCAUGGAGAAUAGACUGCUCAGAGCUUGAAGCAAUCUUGGGAAUAUGGGAAUGGUCGCUCUUUCGCUACAAUGCCGGUAGGGCGAAUGGUGGCGAUAUGCGAAAAACCCAAACCAUCCGCCUAAUUGCAGCAGUUCCGAAUGCCCGUCUAGGCGAAGCCAAAACGUGGUAUCAAGUCUGGAUUCAAAGAAGACUGACGCUAGAACAAGAGGGUUAA